UAUAUAUAUAUUGAAUUUUUAUCUAUGGACUUGAAAAAAUAUAUGGAUUCUUUACCUCCUGAAAAACCAUUAGACAGCGAUCUGGUACGAAGCUACCUGUAUCAAAUAACGAGUGCAAUACUCUUUUGCCACCGAAGAAGAGUAUUGCAUCGCGAUUUAAAACCACAAAAUUUGCUAAUUGAUAAAAACGGAAUAAUUAAAGUGGCCGAUUUUGGGCUUGGACGAUCUUUUGGAAUACCAGUCCGUAUAUAUACGCAUGAAAUUGUAACACUAUGGUAUCGUGCACUUGAAGUUCUGCUAGGGUCUCCGCGGUAUUCGUGUCCCGUAGACAUAUGGUCAAUUGGAUGCAUAUUUGCGGAAAUGGCAACCAGAAAACCACUUUUCCAAGGAGAUUCGGAAAUCGAUCAACUAUUUAGAAUGUUCAGAAUAUUGAAGACCCCAACUGAGGAAAUAUGGCCUGGCGUAACAUCACUUCCUGACUAUAAGAAUACAUUUCCUUGUUGGUCAACCAAUCAAUUGCCCAAUCAACUGAAAAAUUUGAACAACGACGGUAUUGAUUUAAUUCAAAAAAUGCUCAUUUAUGACCCUGUUCAUCGUAUAUCUGCAAAGGAUAUACUUGAACAUUCAUACUUUGAUGGUUUCGAUACGAAAUUAAUAAAUUGUCAAUAAAUAAAUAAUAGUAAGAUAUAAGCAAGUAAUAAAAACAAUAUAAUAUACCA